GCCCUUCCUCGCGUCGAAGCUAGGCGGGCGGGCUAGCCCUCUGACUGACUGCGUGCCCAUCGAAUCCCAACCUGCCUCUCCGCCGCCGCCGCCUCCGCCGCCCGCCGAACUGUGGGCGCAGUGAAUGGGCGGCAAGCGGCAGCAGCAGCAGCAGCAGCCCGAGCGAGGACGAGAGGGGAGAGUGGCUGAAGCAUCGUCCGUCGUCUCGUCUCAGCCUCACCAAAGUCAGACCAAGGCGCGUGCGCGGGUCUACUCAUCCCGACCUUCAUCCUCGAUCUCACUUACCCCUCUACCUCCAUCUGCGCGUGCGUCGAGCGAGCGAGACCCUGCUGCGCAGCUCGUAUCGGCCUUGGCGCUCUCAUUACCUUUGGACUCUAGGCGCAAUCUCUUUCGCAGCAGCAACUACACGCCCGCUUUCCCGUCUUCCUCUUUCCUCGUCAUUUUCCUGUCCGUCACCCUUGCCCUCGACGGAAUCGCAUCCUCUGCGCUGGAUAUUGCUGCAUAGUCAGGGGCACAUUCGAACGAAUCCGGGACGUUCCUUGAGUCAAUCAACACCAAGGGGGAAGGCCAGGCACGCGACUUCGAGUCAACGUAGGCAGGAGGGAGAUUCGCGACCACAGUCUCAUAGGCCGGACCUCCUCAACGCUCAUCAUCGCGGCCGGCCGGUUCUUGAAAGACGACAUCUGAGCUGUCAGCUACCACAGCAUCUUCGUAUUGCUGU